CGGGAAGUCGCGAAUACGCCCCGCUGUAGAUCUUGAACGCCUCCGCCAAUGGAACGGAGAAGUAAUCCCUCGCACCAGUGUCUCGUUCGACGAACAUGUAAUACGGGAUGAGGCCAAGUCGGGCCUGGAGACUCCACAUGUGUGCCCAUGUCUCAGAGGAGUUGUUGAUGUUUCGAAUCAAGGGACCCUGGCAUCGAAUCUGCGCACCUGUCUGGCGGAUGAGUCGAAUUGCCUCUUGGGUGGCGGGGACUUCAAGUUCCCUGGGAUGGCUGAAGUGCGCUUGGAUCGCGAGCUGUUUGCCGGAUGCGACCACCUCCGAGAAGAGAUUGAGGACAUCCUUUGCGUCUGGGUCCAGCAAGUAGCGAUAUGGCC